AUGGGUCGCUCUCGCGUGCUAUCAUUUCUGUCCUCGUUUGGAGGAUCGUCCCGUAAAACAAGCCCCGAUGUAGGCAAUCGAUCGGCUUCAGCAACGACGGCGCCUCCGUCGCGGUUCGAGACGCCUUCGCCGGAUACGCCUUCUCCGCACGAUGGCCCCUCGUCGAAAGUCGAACGGCGCAUGUCGCGGCCGGGCUCAACAAUCUUUACACACAAUCCCCCGUUCAUGCAGCUGGCGGAAGAUACACCCGCCGAACUACAGCGGAUUUUUUCAUAUAUGAAUAGUCAUGCAAACAAGCUAUACUACGAGGGAUAUUUCUUAAAGCUGAAUGAUUUGGAUACCUAUGGUCGGCCUUGCGCUGAUCGACAAUGGGUGGAAUGCUACGCCCAGCUUGUCGGGACAGUCUUGUCCCUUUGGGAUGCCGCUGCGCUGGACGCAGCAGGCGAUGCAGCGGAAGUCCCCGCAACAUUCGUUAAUCUUGCAGAUGCUUCGAUCAGAUCGAUUGAAAACCUCCCCACACAAAACCAAGCAGGCCCACAGUCUCUGCAGAACGUCUUGAGCGUGUGCUCCGCCGGUCAAAAUCGGUAUCUGCUCCAUUUUGACUCGUAUGACUCUUUGAUACAUUGGGCGGCAGCGAUUCGCCUGGCUAUGUACGAACAUACCUGCCUCUACGAAGCGUAUACUGGCUCCAUUAUUGCCGCGAAAGGCAGAGAAUUGAAUAACAUCAGAACUAUCCUGGAGCGGAGCCGGUUUAAACAUGAAGAUUGGGCUCGUGUGAGGUUUGGAGCCGGAACCCCCUGGCGGCGGUGCUGGUUUGUGAUCACUCCGCCAGAUGAAAAACAGCUCCAGAAGGCAAAGAAGACCAUGAAGAAAAAAUCCGCCUAUGACCGUGCGCCGAGGCUAGUAAUAGGGAACAUCAAAUUCUAUGAAACAAAGAAGACGAAGAAGGUCAAGCCUAUAGCAACAAUCACCGAUGCCUACUGUGCAUACGCCAUCUAUCCCCAAUCGAAAGCCUUGAUCGACCAGUCAACGCUGAUCAAGAUUGAGGGGAACUUCAUCCUUCAUUCACAGUCAGAAUCGAAGGUGGAGGGUUUCAUCUUCGUCAUGCCCGAAGUCCAUCCCGCCGUGAGUGGUUUUGAAAUCAUGCUUCAGUUCCUAAUGCCAACUUUCGACACCUUCAACCUCUAUGGUCGCCCAACUCGACUCAUCGCUGCGGUCAACCAUGUCAAGAGCAUCAUGUUCGCUUUCCCCGACCAAGAGCGUUAUGAUUAUCUUGAACUCGCCGAUGUCGUGAACCUUCUGCGGACUCCUGGCUCUCAAAAUUGGAGUGAGGCCGAGUGGAGAAAGCAGCUCAAGGAUGCAACCGCACGCCGAAUGGCCGAUGCUAGCAGUCGGGCAAGCAGCAUUGCAAGCAGACCUCGCUUCCGCGCCAGUCUUCCGAACCGAUAUAGUCAAGUUCCAGCGGCACCGUCCUCGCGCAAGGGCGCUUUCCCAGAGUACAUGUCCACGUUCAACCAGUCGGUGGACGCUGUGGUGCAACAGGUGCCCCCGGAGGAGCCGUUCACACCGGCGGCACACUCACGGAGCAUGUCUGACACCGCAGGAUUUGCGCCUAAACCACUCCUUGGAGUUGCGAUGGAGGACUCUGCCGCGUCCUCUGCCCAAGACUUAACGGGGAGUCCUGCUAUCGAAAGCUCUCCGGCUCGAAGUAGCUCGGAUGACGAACAAAAUCUGUACUCAGCUCAAGGACCUUAUAGGAACCCGGCCCAAAUGCAACAACUGCCUCCAGACGUUGCGCCUCCACCCACCCUCACCCACGACCCUAUCUCGAGACCUCCUACCCGACCGCAGCCGUCGGCGGACGCUCGGAGAGCCAAUGUCCGUAUGUCCGACGCAACCCUCGCGCAAUUGGUCUCUGCAUCUGGCGGUAUGAAUUUUGGUCAUAGACCUACGUCAGCGGGUAGCAGCGAUUACACUGGAAAUAACAGUCCUGCACCGCCAAGCUCAUCGCAUGGGGCUUCUGAUGCUUCACAUUUUGCUGCAGCCUUUGCUGCUAACCAACCAACCGCAGCACACGAGCAGGGCCCUCCCGUACCUGAGCAUGAUUUCGGCAACAGCAACUCAUCAUCGGUUCUCAAGGCACACCGACUGAGCACUCAGGCCAUCACCGUUGACACUGAAAAGGCUGUCAAACGAAAGCCACUCAAUCGGGCCCCGUCACCACUAGUCAGCCCGCAGAGCUCUACCGGCGAGCCAAGCUUCGAUGAUCUCCGCCAUACUGUUGAUGAGGAUGCCAUGAACCUGAUCGGUCUCGUCGACCCACCAAAAUACACCGCAGCAUAUUCUGUACCAACGAAGUCAACACCUCAAGAAGAGGAAAGUGUCUACGAUGACGAUGUCUCCACGGCGUCGCCAGACUAUGCUAGCACCAAAGGUUCUCUAUAUAGCAAGGACUCAGUAAAGUCCAUCCCCAAGCGGAUGGGAGUCAAGAAGACCGUGGGAUCUGAGCCUGAACCAAAGGACCUGGUCAUCGGCGACGCGCGUUACACUGUGGAAAGCAAGCCAGAGCAUAAUUCGGAUAUUCCCGCGAUCGACUUUGGGCCAACUUUGACUUACCUACCCACCACGGGCCGUCCGAAUACGUCGGACACGUUGAAGAAGUUUGAGCACCACAGAACCGGCUCCGACGCCACAGAGAGACAAAGGUUUUCUCUGCCUGCCCGUCAGAACGAUCGUAACCAUUCUAGGUCACCGAGCCGAGAUGAGCACCGACGGAGUGUGUUAUGGCAACCAACUGCUCCGCGCCCAGUAACUCCCGGUGGCGGUCUCACGCCAGAGCAAUUCGUGCAACAACGGGCGGCUCCUAGCCCGCCCAUCCAUGUCCAUCGUCGAUCGCCCUCUACCUCUACAACAACAAUAACAGCCCCGCGGCCCGUGUCUGGUGACUGGACGGCGCACACGAGGUCACAGUCGCAAAUGAGUAUGGCUCGACCUAAAUCGCGUGGUGCCAGCAGCAUGUUCAACUAUAACGAUGUCUCAUCCCAUCUUUCCGCGCGAGAGCAAGAGCAUGUGGCUCGUGUGACUGGCUCCUCGUUCUUCAACCUAUCCAGUGAUAAGCAAAAAACGCCACCUCCUGUCAACCCAAUGGGCUUAGUUGGAGCAAUUGAUGCUCGAGAGCAAGAGAAGAGGAUGAUGAAAGAGGGCAUGUCAAACCAGAUGGUGCAACAUGCCAUUGCGCAGCGCCAGUACCACUGGCAACAACAGCCGCAGCAGGCGCCACAAUUGGCACCAGCAACUCCUCCCCAUUCGUACGGGUUCCAAACUGGGUCGAACGACGUUUACAAUAUGCCUACCGCAAGCCGUACGUGGGAUGCUUUGAACCAACCUUACCGACCAGAAGAACCUCGACGUCAGUCUUGGUUUAGCCAGUACCCUUCGCAACCUCCGCAGUCAAGUUCUGCCAUGUACCAGACCAACCCACACAACCCGCAGAGCCAUGUCGGCACCAAUGCGACAUAUUAUUGA